AUGCAAUUUUUUCAUUGCAUACUGAUCCCCGACCUUAAAACCUCACUCAUUCAAGCAGGCAUCAAGUACAAUGACCAUGAACUAACAAAAACAUUGCAGAAAUACUUCAUUGCAAUAAAAGAUAAAGCCUCAAGUGAGAGACUGAGAGAAGGUCUGGAGACAAAGACUACUACUGAUGGUGAUGAUCGUAAAAAGAGGGCUUCUACUUCAGAUUGGGACUCAACAUAUAAUUCUAAUUAUAAUUUGGUACAGUCAAGGUCUGGGAGACGUCGAGAUGUUUCUAAAUAUCCCCUUCACAGAGGAUAUUUGUGGGCCACAGAGAUUGGAUAUCCUGCAAUACAUGCUGACAUAGCAGCAGGAGGGUUUGGAGGUGUUGGUUUUCCUGGUAUCAAACUGUAUGCACGAGCAAGGUUUGAUCUUGUGGUCUGGAAAAAAACUUACACUGCACUUGACAUAAUGUUCUCAUAUGUGAGAGACUUCCCAGACCGUAACUCUGUGAGCACUUUGACAUACAAGCGUUACAUUAAGAUAGUCGGUUUCACACUCUUAAAUAAAAUGAGCACAACUACAAGGACAUACAAGUUCACUCACUCGUGGCAAAGGACAGUUCCUCUUUUCCGAGUAAACUAUAACUUCUUUAUUUUGGUAGGCUAUCUGAAGAUCAGUCUCACUAGCCAAAUAUCUGGACAAAUGAAUUUCAAUGCAUACAUUGCACCUUUGAAUAUUAAUGGUGUUAAUAUGAAGGCAUCAGCUAUGCUUGAGACAGGACCUACUCUAACUGUUAAAGGAGAGGCUACUACUACACCAUGGCCUGGUUUAUUCAGAUUAGGUAUGAAAGUGUCAGCCUCCAUUACCUAUCUCAUAAACCCAAAAGCAUCAACCUCACUUUGUGGCUCAUCAUCACAGGAUGCUGAUACAUGCUUUGAAGUAUAUAGUACAACUAAAGGAAAUAUUGAUGUGUAUGCAUACUGGCAGUUAUGGAAAGUCUCUUGUAGUAAAUGGUUUAAGUGCAAGAGUUUUUGGGGGAAAAAGAAUAAAUUUGAUAAAUUAUCACGUACUAAGAGCCUAGCAAAUGGAAGAGAGAAAUUGUUUGGUCUGUGUUAUGCUUGUAAUUGCUACAGAAGGAAUUUCCUCAAUGUUCUUUGCAAGGGUAGCCAGUAUGGAAGCUCAGAAUGUACCUGUUCAAUAAGAAGCUCAAAAUGAUAUUCUUCAAUCAUCAUUGAAAGCUGAUGUGAUCAUUUUUAAUGGACUCCUCUUUUUUGUAGUUGAGUUUAAUUAAGCUUUUUAUUAGUGUAGCAUAGUUAUAAGCAUUUUCAUUUUUUUGAGUGAACAGUGAAUCACAAAGAUAUUCAAAGAAUAAUUUUGUUGGUCACCAUGAUGCACACACAUCA